AUGUCGCUUGUCAAUCUUGCACACGUUUGUUCACAUCUGAACAAUGCCACCAAGGCAAGACUCGGAUUCACUUCAAUCCCGAAUUCCAAUCUCCACCUCAAGCUCUGCCUCGCCCUUCAGAAUGACGGUUUCAUUUCCUCUGUUGUCCGCGGAGGUCCUCAGCCUCCCCCCAUGCAUCCCUUACUCGGAAUCCCAGUCGCCAAAGAUGAAACACACGACAUUGAGCCUUUGACACAGAGCAACGUUGCCUCCAGGCGGCUAUGGUUGGGGUUGAAAUACUGGCAGAGUCAACCGGUACUUUCGAAGAUCAGCAUGGUCAGCAAGCCUACGAGGCGGAUUCAUAUCGAUGUUACCGCACUGCGUGAAAUUGUCCGAGGAGAGAAGGCCAAGUUUGUGGAAGGAUUGCGAUCGCCCGGUGAGAGUCUCUACCUUUCUACAGAUCUGGGCAUCCUGGAGGCUCGAGAAUGUGUCGAAAAGAAGGUCGGAGGGCUUGUUCUAUGUCGCGUACUGUAA